CCGACGGACGGGGCCGAGCAUGCGCCGCGGGGCCUGGCGGCGGGCCGCGGUUUGCGUGGGGUCCAAGGCGGAAGCGGGCGCUGCGUGAGGGGGCCUGUCCCCAUGGCGACCGCUGCGGAGGGGCUGCCGGAGGCCGGUGCGCAGCCCGCCAAACAAGAGCCUGCUGUUGAAACAGCGGAAGAAGCUAAGGAACCAGCAGAGGCAGACAUCAAUGAACUCUGUAAAGACAUGUUCAACAAAAUGGCCACUUACUUAACAGGUGAACUGACAGCCACCAGUGAAGACUACAAACUCUUGGAAAACAUGAAUAAGCUGACUAGUUUGAAGUACCUAGAAAUGAAAGAUAUUGCUAUAAACAUCAGUAGAAAUCUGAAGGAUUUAAAUAAAAAAUAUGCUGCUCUUCAGCCAUAUCUGGAACAGAUCAACCUAAUUGAGGAACAAGUUGCAGCUCUGGAGCAGGCAGCUUAUAAAUUGGAUGCGUAUUCCAAAAAACUUGAAGCCAAGUACAAAAAACUGGAGAAACGGUGAAAUUACAACAGUCUUUAAGUUGGAGUUGGGCUAUGAGUCAGACUGAUUUCUCUCUAAGUUACACAAUAGCAAUUCUGUAUGUUGACAAGGAUUUGGUUACAGCUAACAUCAAAGCUGAUAACUUUUUCUAUCUAUUGAAUACAGUAAGCUGUAUUCAGGCUUAAGGCUGAAUAAUAUUUUCCUCUUCUCAAGAGGUUCUGUUGCCUUAGUUGUUCUGCAGUGAAAAGUAGAAGCCUGUUCCUAACCGCUAUGUUGAUACUGGCUGUGUGUUAGACUGUUUCAUGUGGGACAUAGGACUAUCUAGGAAAAGCCCUUCAUAACCUAUAAAGACCUUAUCCCUUAGUAACAGCAAGACCUAAACUUCAUUUUUAAGUUCACUGAGCUCUGUGUUGAGAAGAUACCUGGGCCUUUGGAGUUACGAGCAUGGUAUUGAGAACGCUUCAUUUUGGUAUCCACCUUUAUCUGUUUAAAAUAGAGAGACUAAUUAUUAUAAAUUUACAAUAAAACAACUUGCUGCA